CAGCGAGGACCUCUUGUCAAGCACCGCGGCGUUGGUCAGCGAGGCUGGAGGCUGGGGGGCGGGGUGGGCUGGCCGGCCCGAGCGCAGAAAGAGCUCAGCGAGGAUGCAUGGAGAUGGUGUAAUGUGGGGCAAGAGGGAGGCCGACCGACACUGGAGGAAUCUUGAAGAAGGUUUACAACAUUGACCUCAUGCAUCUAUUGUGACAACGUGAGUCACUAGCAUGUUCCAUCAUCACUGUAGAAGAAAUCCAGAACUGCAGCAAGAACUGCAAAUCCAAAAUGCUGUUGCAGCUGGUGAUGUUCAUACUGUGCGCAAGAUGUUGGAGCAAGGCUAUUCUCCUAAUGGUCGAGAUGCUAAUGGAUGGACACUACUCCAUUUCUCUGCAGCUAGAGGCAAGGAGAGAUGUGUUCGAGUGUUUUUAGAGCAUGGAGCUGAUCCCACUGUUAAAGAUUUAAUUGGAGGCUUCACUGCUUUGCAUUACGCAGCCAUGCACGGCCGAGCACGAAUUGCACGGUUGAUGUUGGAAUCUGAACACAGACCUGAUAUUAUUAAUGCUAAAAGCAACGAUGGAUGGACUCCUCUUCAUGUGGCUGCCCAUUAUGGCAGGGAUUCAUUUGUGAAGCUUUUGCUGGAAUUUAAAGCUGAAGUUGACCCGCUCAGUGACAAAGGCACAACGCCACUUCAGUUGGCUAUCAUCAGAGAACGCUCAAGCUGCGUGAAAAUUCUUUUGGACCACAAUGCCAAUAUUGAUAUUCAGAAUGGUUUCUUGUUACGAUAUGCAGUGAUCAAAAGCAACCACUCUUACUGUCGAAUGUUCCUUCAAAGAGGAGCAGACACAAACCUUGGGCGCUUGGAGGAUGGACAAACACCAUUACAUUUAUCUGCGCUGAAAGAUGAUGUGCUUUGUGCAAGGAUGUUACAUAACUAUGGUGCAGAUUGUAAUACAAGGAACUAUGAAGGGCAGACUCCCCUGGCUGUCUCUGUUAGUCUAUCUGGAACUAGCAGACCCUGUCUGGAUUUCUUGCAGGAAGUUACAAGACAGCCUAGAAAUUUGCAGGAUCUGUGCCGAAUUAAAAUCCGACAAUGUAUAGGCUUGCAGAAUUUGAAAGGACUGGAGUCACUCCCUCUUGCAAAAGUUAUGAAAGACUAUUUGAAGCACAAGUUUGAUGACAUCUGAAUGUUAAAAUUUGAAGUCUUGAGGGUUUGCAGUAGGCACGGCCUUGCCCCAAGUACAUUCUAUGCAAUUCCCAAUUUGAUGAAAUUGAAAGUCAAUGCGGGUGUCUGUACCUCUCUGAAUUUAAGAACUUAUUUGUCACAGUAGGUCCACUCCAGGAGAAUCUCUUCACUUCCAAGCAAAUGCUCAAAACUAACAUACUUAACUCUUUGAUUUAGUAAAGUUCAAAACGUUUCAUUAUUUCCUCCCUCUCAAUUCGACCUUUUCAACACAUGGUUUUUGCUUUAACAUAUUGAUGAUCAAAUUCACUCAACUGAAGCAGGUGACAUUUGAAUGAUAGUGGUCAUGGAAUAAGUAAAUACUUGGUAUAUCUAUAAAUUUGUAUCAAAAUUGAUCAAAAUCAAAUUUGAAAUGUGAAACAAAAGUGGAAAAAAGUUGAAUUAGUAUCUACAUAAUGUACACUUGACAAAUGUUUAGUAAAAGGGAGAACUGAGAGUGAAAUAAAAAAAAUCCUUGAGGAAAUAGAAUAUUGAUUAAAUGGUGCAUCCGAUCAUUUCAUUCAAAAGAAAACUUGAAGGCUGCGUGAACAACUGAGGCAGUUGGGAAGUUUAAAGAAAAAAAUGAUGGAAGCUAUCACUUGACCAUGGUAAUCUGUUUCAUCAUCUAAUGAUACUUCACACUCUGCCCUUACUUCUCCCCUCAACUUAAACUUUUGUAUUAACAUAUUAAUUUGUUAUUUGUUCUAAAUAAAAGAGUUCCAAAUUGUGACAGUGUAUGCUCUCCACAAUGCAGACUGCUUCAGUCUGUCUGCUGAUGCCAUCACAGUUUGGUGUUUUUACAUCAUAAGAUAUAAUAAUCAAAGGUGCCAUUGCGAUUGGACUUCUUGCAAUACCUUCCAUAACCUUUUUUUUCUUUAGACUGAUCCCAAAACCGCUUUUGUUUUUCACUUAUAAAUUCUAUGGUGCUUUAGCAAUGCUGGUCACAUGCUGGAAUGCAUUAGAAUAUUGGAGGAUGGAGAAGAGAUGACGAGUGAGUGUAUCAUAAUCAAAUGUUCGUAUAAUAAAUAUGUCUUCACUCAGUUUUGGUCGGUCCAUGGUGCCCUCUCAUCAAUUUGUGCUCUUUACUAACAUGCCUGUGUGUUAUCUUUGCCCUCAAGUUGUGAUACACUGGAAUUGGCACUUUCAGUUCUGUCAGUGACAGGGGCUCAUUAAUUUGAUCUACAUUGUAGGCUCACCUUAUCCAUUGCUGUAAUAUAAUUGUAUACAUUCAGUUCAUUCUAGUUUUUUCAAACAUACAAUUAUCUGGAGUUAUUUCAGCACUGAAGACAGUGUGUAUUUGUGUGUCUGCCCAGUCAUUUUUGUAUCUAUAAGAGUUGUUUCAAAACAGAAAAAUCCUAAAACUAUACAGCUUUUUCAUGCAUGUUGUCUUCAGCCUAAAAUUAGAUAUUACCAUAUUUUUCAAUUGAGUCAAAUUCUAAGCAGAACAGAUAGUGCUUCUUAUUUAAAUUCAGGACAGAACUUGGAUCUUAGAGAAUUAUAAUUUGACAUUUGAUUGACAAUGAUAAAGCAGGUUGAAAUGCAGACCCUAUUUCCAGCUUGACUUUAGUUUUUAUAGAGGACAAUAAUGUACUUCAUGGAAACAAGAAUCAAAACCAGAAGUAGUAAUUUGAGAUAGGACUGCAUACUAGGGCAUAGAUUGAAGAUUCAGCAGUAAAUGAUUUGAAAAAAGAAUCUGAUCAAUUCUCAGCCACUAUUUCUCCCUCACCUCAUACUUAAUAAACAGGAACAUUGGGUCUUGUAAACUCAGAAAAUAAGAUCAUGAAAGGAUCUUCUCUCUACCUACCAAAUUGAGGUCAGAGGUCACUGGAAAUGUAUGCUUGGUUCUGUCAAAAUUUGAAGAAAAUUAUAUUCAUACUACAAUCAGUACUGAGAAAAUGGUCCUCCGUUACAGACUUGAUGCAUGGUUCUGCUCUGCUUAUUUAAACUUAUUUAGCUGUGAAGUAAGAAGUUUAACCUAGUGAUAAAGACCAGGGUGGUAAGAACAGAGGCCACUGCCCUCUUUCUCUUUAUGUGCUCUCACUGCCAUUCCCCCAUCUUGAGUGAAGUAAAUAAUAAACAAUGGAAUCCUCAUGGUAGGAUUGCUAUGAAUCAACUCUGUAGUUUGCAAAAGUAAAGGCAGGAAUAUGCUUUAGCCACUGAAACAUAACAGACACUUUCUAGAUUUUGUUUUCAGGUUUUGUGGUAUGUGUUUGUAUAUUGUAGCAGAUGAGAGGAUGUUUAAACUAGAAAGUUACUUCCAACAGUGUGCUCCCUUCCUUAGGUAGUGAUUGCAUGUUUGCACAUCCCAUACCUUAACAUUCUUAUUUACACACAAGUUUUAAAGACCCAACACUUGUCUUCACAUCAGUGACAAUGUUAACAUGCUCCACUAUAAAACUUAGUGACUUACUUUGAUUCUGAAUGUUGCGUUUGCAAAAAAGCAACAAUAAAGCUAUUAUUGGAAUGACUGUAUAUUGGAACAUUGGCAGUAAUAUUACAGAAAACUCUGGUGUUUACUUUUCAAAUAUGAAAUGCCUUAUACAUCUAAUACUGGUCUGACACUGGAGUGGCUCUCCACAGUGACAUAUCAAACAAAAUAAAUAACUAGGAGUUGUGUGUCUUGGAGCCUCCGCAUUCUAGAAACCAUCAUUUUUAUUUUUCUUGUCUUUUUUAAAGUAAUAAAUUUAUAAUUAAAGUUUGAGUUGUUUCUGGCUUUUUUUCAGGUAACACUGUAUUUGCUAGGAAUACAUGUACUCAGGAGCAUUUAACCCUCGUAUGAGAAAGACUUGCAAGUUUUCUCGUGGCUAUUCUAAAUUUUGCCUUCACCCUGUAUGUAGUUGGCACUACAGCUUUUUUUUUCUUUUGCCUAUCGCACCCGUGCACUGGCUAGCCCUAAAUUUUGUAAUAAUGGCCUCUGAAAUUAGUGAUGUUCAGGACAUUUAGGUGAUCCUGGAAAGCAUGUUGUACUAAAGGUUUAUUGUGCUAUCAAGAUGUACUGGGGAACUACUGUCUUGAGAAAUCAAACUAUUUAGCUUUAUUUGUAACAAUCAAAGGGAGAUAUAAUAAAAAGCCUUCAGAAUACAAAAAAUAAUUGAUUGGAGUUGAACAGCUUUGAUGACCAAACUUUAUUGUGCAUCGUUUCUAGACUUGAUGGGUUGGGAUCCAAUCCUUCAGUAAAUACAGAAAUGUCUCAAUUUUUUUUUGUGGAAAAAUGCUAUGAUACAUAGGUGUCAUAAUUUUUUUAAUGUGUUUUUUGUACAUUUUCACCUUAACUUGAAAUACCAAAGAAAAACUAAAAUCUUCAAGAAUUCAUUGGAUGAAUUUUUUUGUACAGUUUUAUAACUGGUAAUGUACCAACGGAACUAUUUAAUGUUUGAAGAAAUGGACCACUAAUUUUUGUAAAUGUUUUGUGUUCUAAAUGUAAACAAAUUAAUACAUUUUUAGAGUAUUUAAAUGCCACAAUUCAAUAAAAUAUUUAAGUGUCAAUUAUGUUAUAUUGUUUGUAUUCGAAUACUUUGAAUGUGACUUGAGAUACCUGUUUGAGUUUCGUGUUACCCUGAACCUUUGGUGAAUUUAAUCACCAAGGUAGAUUGAGAAAGUUUUAGUUUAAUUUUAUUAAUUGUUUUAUAUCUGUAUGAGUGUUUACCGACAUUUGAAAGUGUAUUUUCAUAUGAAUCACUCUAGCUCAUUGGUCAGAAAUUGUCAUCCAACCAAGUGGAAACAAUAGGCUUUUAUAUAUCUUCAUUUCUUUUAAAUGUUGGAACUAAAACCAGAAAACAAUUCAGAGAAAUCUUACAGAGCCCGAGUGAGGAUUAUAGUUGGAGAAAAUAAACUCUUGUGUUUCACCAGCAAACUUCGACGAGGCAAACAAGGCAAGGCUGGGAUAAAUGGCAAUUUCUGAUUAACACAAUUCACAGGUGGCGUACCCAUUAGUCUUACUGAUGGUUCUGAAGUAGUAAACUAUGGAAUAACUUUGCAUUGAUCUGACAGUCAAAUCCAUUGGUAGUAUCUAUGAAUGGAGAGCUCUUGCAAAAUGUUAUAAUUAGUGUUUAAAGCAGCACAUGACCAUGUUAUCAUGAAACUUGUGUAGCUUUACUGGUUAAGAAUAUAAGUUUUGCUGUGUUCUAUGAUAUAUUUUGAUUAAUCUGUGCAGUGUAUCCAUUUUGUUAAUAACAUUACU